AUGGAAUCUCCCAAAAAACACGUCGUGUUCGAUGUUGUCGGCACUUGCGUAUCAUUCGACGCCUUUUUUGAUGCCAUCGAACAAUCCAUCGGGCAGAAACUGCGGACGCAUAAUGUGACAGCCAAAUUCCUUGGGUUCGCGUGGAUGCAAGCGGCCGAGCUUGAGCACACAAUGUUACUUAUGUCCGGACGCAACACACCCUACAAAGAGGUCUUUAAGGCGCUUUUCUACCGCGUCCUAUUCAUGGCCGGAAUCGAAGACCCGAGAUCAUUCGCCACCGACGAGGAGAGAGAUAGGUGUCAAGCUGGAUAUUCUCAAUUGGAACUUCGCCCAGGCUGCCGAGAGAUGAUGGAAAAAUUGAAGGAUAAUGGUUUCACUAUUUGGUGCUUGACAACAGGCGACACGGAAAGAGUUGGUGGCUACUUCAGACGUGCAGGCUAUGACAUGCCAGCGGACAAACUUGUCAGUUGUCAUGAAUUCUUGCCACAAGAUUCUUCCCCGUCAGGUGCAGCUCUCCUCGCUGCAAUGAAGCCAUCCAUGGAGUCGUAUAAGCCCAUGCUUGACAAAUUUGCCCCCGAGGAUCAGAAGUGGUUUGCCGCUGCGCAUAUGUGGGAUGUCAGUGCUGCAGUCAAAGCUGGCUUCCACGGUGCGUAUUGUUCUAUCUACGAGAAGGAGUCUUGUAUUGAGAUUUUCAAUACCGAGAUGGCCGUCAUCGCAGACACAUUGCCCGAGAUGGCAGAUAAAAUGAUUGCAAUGUCUACCAAUAUCUAA